GCGGAGGAGCGGGAGGAGCAGCCUCAUCGUCAGCAGGCGGAGGCGGACCCCUGCGGGAGGCGGCGUGGCGGCGGCGGCGGCGGCCAUGAUGCCCGAGGUGGAGAGUCCGAGGGUGAGCGCCAUCAUCAGCACGGUGCUGGGCGAGAGCUCGGCCGUGUGCUCGCUCCUGAAGGCCGUGUCGGGCGGGAGGGACGAGGCCAGGCCGGCGCCCAAGUGCAAGAAGAAGGCCGCCAGGAAGAAGGCCUCCCUGCUGCUGGAGGCGGCGCCGAAGGAGGAGGAAGAGGAGGUUCCUCGCCCGGGGCCGCUCUCCAUCAAGUUGAAAAACAAGAAGAAGAAGAAGGCUCCUGCUGCAGCGCCCCCUGCGGACGGCGCCUUCGGGAGUCUGGCGGUUCCCUGCGCCUCCAUGGCCGGCUUCAGGGUGCUGGCCGAAACUGCGGCAGUGGGCGAAGGCAGCCCCCAGGAGCCGAAGAGCGCCCUCGAGGGACCAAAGGCCAUCGUCAUCACUCCCGAAGAGAAAGUCCAACUCGCCAGGGUCUUCCCGCAGCUGGUGGAGGUCAAGGAGGGACCCAUAACGUUGGAAAAUGCACUAGGAGAACUGAUUAGCAUCCAAGUUCCUGUAGGAGGCGUCGCGAAGCCUGGCGAAGGUGGUCAGAAGCCGAAGAAGAGACGCAGACGGAAGAAGCUGACGGAGGCCAUGAGGGUCGAACUCACGAAGAAAGCAAUGAACACCAAGGCAGAAGUAUGUCUGAAGCGCAUCUGUCACACGGACAUCACCGGCCUCUUCCUCAAGACGAAUAGGAUCAACAGGAGGUGUGGGAAAAUCCUGCGGCAGGUUAUCCGCAAUGGCGACAUCAAGAGGUACCUGAUGCUACGUGCCAAGGGCCUGCGCUGCAAGCCCCUCCCCCUCAAACCGGCAACUGACCCCCGAAGGACCCCCAAAGUUGGUCCAGUUGGAAGCAAAUCUGAUGCAGUCCAGAGGAUGCUGCUUGCUGCACGCACAGGCACAGAGGAAGAUUUGUGGCCAGAGAUAGGAUCCCCACAGGAGGCAACAUCUUCUGAGGUUCCCAAGCCCCAGAAGCGCAAGACUGGCAUCCAGCCCCCUCGUGUUCCGCAGAAGGAGAACAAAAUUGCUGCUGUCAUGAAUGAGAUUAUGCGAGAGGGCGAGAACCCACCCCUAACCCUGGGAAAAUCUCUGUUUGUGCAGAAUGAUCGCCUCAGCCAAGGGCAGAGGACCUUUGCUUCUCUGAUUGGUUACAAGUUAGCAAAGAAGCGCACAAAGAACAGGGCACUGGACAGCCUUGAGGGGAGUCAGUUUCUGAUGGACCCCCGGCUCUUUGGCUUGAAGCCAAAACCACAGCCAAGUAAUUCCGUAGACCAUGAUGCAGAUGGUUCUAAGUCAUCCACAGAUGAUCCCUCAUCAACCACUAUGUCUGCAUCACAGUCUGGUGCGCCAAGCAAGCAGAUGGCAGCACCAAGCCAGAAGCAGUCUUUGCACCCCAAGAACAUGGCCAUUCCUAACCCCCCACCUCUCCUGCCCCCGGGGCACACAUUACCUCCACCUGGGCCCAACACAAGUGCACCAGCACCCAUGCCCAGAACAGCUGCUCCAGGACCAAGCCGGUCUGUAGCGUCAGUUCUGCAUGGACAGAGCACCUCUGGAAGUGAGCGAGUCAUGCCCCCGCUACACCCUAGUCGGGCAGCAGCAUCAGUCCACCCUGGGGCAGAGGUGAGCAUUGCGCCCAUGUCCCAGGUUCACAGUCAACCCCCAUCGGUGAUCCACCAGAGGAGAAUGUACACUCCACCCCUUCCCCCACCGGCCCACAUGCACAAUGCUGCUCUGCUUCCCCACUCUUCACUGCAGCAGAACUCAGCAACAAGAAUGUUCAGUUAUGAGCAGGCAAUGAGGAUGAGGGAGAGUGCUGGCCAGGGGGUUCCAGUUGGCUACAGCAGGUACUCUCCUGCUGCCCCAGAGAGCAAUGGCUGGAGUGCCAGCAGGCCAGGAAAUCAUGGCUCUCAUGCACCACCACUCAUGUUCAUGGGAGGUGCAGCAAUGAUGAGCUCUGUUAGAGAUGCAAGUAUGGUUGUGAGAGCACAGAGAGCCGCCCCUCCCCCACUGUCCUUCAUGGGGCCAAGCUCUGAGCCGCUUGGGAGACCCCCCUUACAGAUGAACCCCACUCAGGCAGCCAUCAGGCACAUGCACCAUGCGUCCUGGCCCAUCGCCAUUGACUCCAGCCAGCAGGCUUCAGCUGCAAGGAACUACGGGGUCAUUAAUCACACCCGGCACAUUGUACCAGAACAGCGGCAAGCAGCCAUACCACACAACCUCCAUACACGUGCCCACCCCGAACAACCCCCACCAAGACACCAGGGUCACGGCAAGAUUGAACAGCCUCAGCCCAACUUGUCACACAGUAUACAGGGUCUUUUGCUGAGUGAGCCAAGACCUCAAGCCUUGGUUGGGAGGUUACACAGCCAGGUCCCCUCCGAUCACCAGCCAGUGAAUUUGGUAUCAGGCGCACAGGGACAGGGCGUGGGAGACCAGCAUCCUCCUAGACUACCCCAUGUCACAAGAGAAUCCGCUAUGCCCAAGCUUCACCCUCUGCCCACAUCUCAUGCUGCUGUAUCGAAUUCAUGUACGAGUUCUUCCUCAGCUGCUGCAACACCCUCGGACCAGCAACAGCAGCCUGUGCGACAUCAACAUUCACAUAAAACAUACAGCCCAGAGGUCCUCGCCGUUGUCGAGGCCUUGCUCCUGCAGCUGAUAGAUGUCGGGCUUCCAUCAACCUCAGGGAGCAUUGUCCACACUGCCACACAGCUGUUGGAGGCACGGGGAGUCACCAAUGUCUUCUGCUGUGAACAAGAGGUGGAUAAGUGGUUUAGCAGCUUCCGGGAGAGGCACUCGGACCGCCUGCCCCAGGAAAGCAAGGACAAGGUACAGCUUCAUCCACUUCCCAACAAGCAGGAGUCACAGCAGUGGGUGGAGAAGCUGCAGAGGGACAUGACUUCCUUCCAGAAGGGACCUGCUAACCGCAUCUACUACAUGCAGGAGCUCAACUUCUUCCUGGACAAACACACCCGUGAGAUCAAGUUCCACCGGAUGUUCCCAGGGAAGGUACACUGCUCAAACGAGAAGGACACCGUGUCCGUUCUGUUCACCCUGGGUGCAGAUGGGGAGCGUGGCCCGGGCAUUGUGAUCUUUCCACGGAUGGUCAUGCCAGAGAAGCUUUUCGCAUCACUGAAGAACACAGAGGGAGGCAGCGACUGGGUGCUGGGUUCCUCCAUGAAUGGGUGGCUGUAUAGUGACUGUAUAGUAGAAUUUGUGAGUGAUGUGUUCGUUCCAUGGCUCAAGAAGAGACAUGCCAACUUCCCUGUUGCUCUCUUCACCAACGAAUACAUCUCCAACAUCCGCUUGACCAAGAUGAGCGAGUCCUUGCUGACUCAGGGAGUCCAGCUCAUCCCUGUGCCCCAGAGCAUGUCUCUUUUGCUUAGUCCAGCUGAGUGGAUCGUAGUGGAGUAUUUCCGUAUGCACUGGGGGAAGGCCGUGAGUGACUGGAGUGGCAAGAAUGGCCUGAAAGCACUGCUUGAAGAGAAUUUUGCGCCCUUCAUCAUCAGCUGUAUUGGUACACAGGCUGCCCCUGCUGAAGUGCAGUCCAAGUUUGAGAAAUUUGGCAUCUUUCCCUUCAAUCCACAGGCAGUCUACAGAUGCUUGCGCUCACAAAAGCACGAGUGAUGUUAAAAAAAAGGUAGAUCAGUAUUUUUACAAAAGUUAUAUCUCAUUAUUGUAUUUCUGUAUCCCAAUGUCGGGUUUGCUGCUGACUGUGUCGGUGGAAAUCUUCUGAGCUUUGUAAAAUGACCUUGGAACCAAAGAUUUUGAAGAACACGGUGUCAAGUUGACACAUGGAAGUACUUAGCAAUACGUAAUUAUUACAUGUUGUGCUUUGUAUUAUAGGCUUUAUCAAUAGGUUGGAACAUUGUUCUAGGAAACCUUUGUAACAUGAUAAAUGCUUUUGUACUCGCAUUAUAAAGACAAAUUGUAAGUGUAUUUUUACUUUUGCGUUUGUUAAUAUUCUAUAUUUUUGUACAAAAGGGGAGUUCUAAUUUUUGUGUGUUAUGUUCUUGCGGCUGUAAAGUGACGAUGAGACCAAAAGAGGAAGAUUUAUUUCCCGACUGAGAGUGAGGGAGUGAGAGACAGCCCUUGUACUCAGCCUCCUGUACUCGUUCAAAGUAUAGAAGGUGUUGAAUCUCACUAAUUGAGAUCCUUGUUUUUUGUUGAAGCUGGCUUUUCUUUACGUAUGAAAAUAUAUACUUCAGUACUCUAUGGUUCACUUCAAAACAAGUAUUGACAACAACUAUGAUUUCUGUUUUCUGUGCUUAGCCAGUUUUCUACCUCAUAUUUGUUCCUAUUUGUUCCUUGGUAUACCUAUCUGGUAUUGGAGGUGAAUAAGAACCACAAAAAACAUUGUCUCCGUUUUAAAGGUUUGAUCUUAUUUAACUUUUGUUGUUGUUAUUAAAAAGUAUAGCAUAUUUGUUUUUGUUUCUUUUUUUCGACCUUUUGUAUCUGAAGAAAAGAGAAAUGUUCCUUUUUAUAUGUAUAAAUGAAAAAAAAAUGUUCUACAGAAAACAAAUGUAUAACUAAAAACAUUUAUAAGUCUAUAGUGUCACAGAUGCACGGUUUAUCAAUAUACAAAUGUGGAGUGGUGCGUACUAUAUGUGUAUACGUGUAUGUAAGUGAAGAUAUACUCUAACUGGAACAAUGUAUAGAGACGUUAUUGGUUUGUUAAGAAAAGAUAAAUGUAAGGCAUGAGCCUGGUCCAGUAAGACUUGAUUUGUUGGUGCUGUAUAAAAGGGUGAUAUGAUUAAAGUCACAGGUUUUUGAACUUAGGUCUGUAAGCAGGAUUAUGCUUUCAUAUGAGAGAUACCAGAAUGGAAGAAAUUUUUAAGUAUUUUGAUUUCAUUCUCUAACAAAUUUCCCUAUGAAGGAUGAUUAAAAAGAUUUACUGUCUUUUUAUAAUUUUGUUAUUAUUAUACAUGGUUAUUAAGUUUCCGUGUCUUCUUUCCCAUGUACUGUACAGAAAAUCAAAUAUUUAUCAUUAUUAAACUCUGGAUAUGAAGUGGUAUAUAGUAAUUUAAAUUUAUAUCAUUGCAUACCGUGUUCUGUUUUCUCUUUGCUCUAUGACAUAUUCUAUAACUUUUUGAUAAUUUGUAGAUGUAUAAGACAUAUUUAAAUGUUUAUUUUUGAUCAUUUUGAAUCAAUUCUGAGUCAGAGUCGGAUUCAGAAAUGCAACUUAGGUGCAGGAUCUCAAGAGAGAGUGAGAGUGGUUGAAAGUUGGUGGUUCUCAUUUUGAUAUCAUAUUCUCUGGUAAUAAAAUUAUAGAUAAAUGA